AUGCCAGUAUCAACUAGGUCACAGAGUGAACGGAAACCCAGGUCGGAUUAUCAAGAACAGACCCAGACCCAUUUGAAUAAUCAUCUCCUGCUGCGAAACCCACAUCAUGGAUUGAAGGAAAAAAUGAAAGCUUUGACUCUGCUCUACGAGCAGCAGAAGCAAGCCUCCGCAGCUCUGCGUAACCCGUCGGAGCUCCGAUUCGCGACCCAGAAAAACGAAUCGGAGCUCCGACCCGGCAACACCCGAGUAGUCAUGAGAGAGAACAACAACAACAGCAGCUCUACCGUUACAAGAACCUACGUCCUGCCUCAGCUUCAGGCCCACCACCACGACGCGAAGGAGAAUGCGGCGGUCGCCGGAGCCAUUACCACCGACCGGAUUCUCAGCUUCGCUACUUCCAACCCAAGAAAGGCCAGACCCCCGACGGUGGCGCGGCGGCUCUCUCUCGGCGGCGGUCAGGUUUGUCAGGCGGCGGCGCCGGUGACGGAGAUGGAGGAGGUGCAAGAAUCGGAGACGAAAUUUGGGGCUUCGGAGACGAAAUAUGGGGUUUCGGAGACGAAAAGGGUGGGGAGUGGUGGGAGCAGGAUAAUGGUGUAUGUGAGGCUGAGGCCGAUGAGCAAGAAGGAGAAGGAGGGCGGUUCGAGGUGUUGUGUGAGGAUUGUGAACCGGCGUGACGUGUACUUGACGGAGUUUGCAAACGAGAACGAUUAUCUGAGGUUGAAGAGGCUCAGGGGUCGUCAUUUCACGUUUGAUGCUUCGUUUCCGGAUUCAGCUUCUCAGCAGGAAGUUUAUUCCACCAGCACAGCUGAGCUUGUGGAAGCAGUUCUGCAGGGGAGGAAUGGAGCAGUUUUCUGUUACGGUGCCACUGGAGCUGGGAAAACGUAUACAAUGCUGGGCACUCUGGAGAGUCCGGGGGUGAUGGUUUUGGCGAUUAAGGAUGUCUUUACCAAGAUAAGGCAGAGGAGCUGGGAUGGAAAUCAUGUGGUUCAUCUGUCCUAUCUUGAAGUGUAUAAUGAAACUGUCAGGGAUUUGCUCUCCCCUGGACGGCCUCUGGUUCUUAGAGAAGAUAAACAGGGAAUAGUGGCAGCUGGUCUUACGCAAUACAGAGCUUAUUCAACCGAUGAAGUUAUGCAAUUGCUUCAGCGGGGAAACCAAAACCGAACUACUGAACCAACUCGCUGUAAUGAAACUUCUUCUCGCUCCCAUGCUAUUUUACAGGUUGUGGUUGAAUACCAGGUAAAAGAUGCUUCUAUGAAUGUGGUCAACCGCGUAGGCAAGCUUUCACUCAUUGAUCUUGCCGGAUCUGAGAGAGCCCUUGCCACGGAACAGAGAACAGUAAGAUCUAUUGAGGGUGCCAAUAUAAAUCGGUCACUCCUAGCACUGAGCAGUUGCAUCAAUGCUCUCGUGGAAGGAAAGAAGCACAUACCUUUUCGAAAUUCAAAGUUGACCCAACUUCUCAAGGAUUCUCUAGGUGGAGCUUGUAACACUGUAAUGAUUGCCAAUAUCAGCCCAUGUAACCUUUCAUUUGGUGAAACCCAAAAUACUCUUCACUGGGCUGAUCGAGCAAAGGAAAUUAGGACCAAGGCCUGCGAGGUGAACGAGGAAAUAACGGAAGUUCCUGAAUCUGAAACUGAUCAGGCCAAACUAUUACUUGAACUACAGAAAGAGAACCGUGAACUUCGAGUACAACUGGCACGUCAUCAACAGAAGCUAUUAGUUGUACAAGCACAAUCCUUGGCUGCAAAUGCGUCUCCAACCCCUUCUUCAGCUACCUCUCUCUUGACUCCUCCAACAUCUGCCCAAUCAAAUGAGAAGAGAAAACCCAGACCAUCUUUCUUGGCUGGGAAUUGUUUCACACCUGACUUGAAAAGAAGAGUGGAUCAGGAAGGAGUUAGAGAGCUUCAAAAGACAGUAAAAGCAUUAGAAGCACAAAUAGAAAGGAUGAAGAAGGAUCAUACUUCACAGCUAAAGCAGAAGGAUGAUCUUAUUCGUGAUCUUUCACGGAAAAGUGAACAAACACCAGCACCAGCAGCGGGGAGGGAGGGGACAAAGAGAGUAGUAACAAGGGCUAGCUUGAGACGAAAGGAGCCAAGCACGGGUGAGUUGAAGAGUCCAAGUCAUCGUUUCAGGUCACCAGUUCCAACAGCAAAAAAACGAAGCUUUUGGGACAUAACAACCGCAAAUAGCCCAUCAGUUACUACACAAAAUGGAAGGAAAACUAGAAGUCAUGUUAUUCGUGAACCGGCUGCUGCUCCCUCAAUGCUUCUCCAGCCAGGUUUUGCACGACCAAAGGCCGAGCGUCUGAAGUAACAUAGGAGGGAUGAAGAUGAAGAAAGAGUGGUCUGAGAAGUGGAGAGAUUAUGGCAUUCUGGCUAAAGUGACCGCGCUGUUACCUGGUAGAAAUAUUAUUACUGGGUAGGAGCAGGGCUGCUGUUACUUGUAUUUUAUGUCAUGUGCUGCUGUGAUCAACCAGCCUUGUCAUAUCACAAUGG